UAAGAACGUGGCUCCUCAAAAUGGUGCGCUACUUAUAUGUCCGAUAUAAUAAAGGCCAGACUUCGAAAAGUUUGGCCAUGGUAAGACAUACCAAUCGUUUUUAUUUCCAGAUAUAAUUUCUGUGCCUGCCUUACUAAAAAUAUUUAAUAAUCUGCAUAAAAAGUACAAUGGGAUUCGGUGUAUAAUUUUUUCUUUCCUUAUCUUUCGUUACAUAGUAAGCAGGUUUCAAAUUUACGUAACUUAGUUUUUUUUUUGAAGUUAUAAAGCUAAUACGCUAGGAGUUUGGAGUAGGAAAUAACUUUGUGUGUAGGACUAUCCCGGUUUCCUAACUUCGGGUAAUAUUUCAUCGAUUUUGGGGAAAUUUUCAGAAAGUUCCCAUAGUCCACUUUGUGAAAAUGCAACCAAAAAAUUUCUAUUAAUAUCGUGGGAUUCCUCCAAAAUUCCGGGUUUUUCUUCGAAGUCGCAACCAAAGUUUUGAGAUUUGGAUGUUACUGAGACACACGUGCACCUUAGCAAUUCUUCAGAAUUAGCUGAAGAAACCUUAUCUCCCCGUUUUCCUGUCUCGUCCUUUAAGACUCUAAGAAAACCAUCUACUUGUUCAUCAGAUUCAUCGAUGGUGUUUGGUGAUGUUCCCCCUUUACCUACAUGUACAGAAUCCUAUGCAUUUCAAGUGGCUGGUCAUUCUCGUGAGAAUGCUAGUAGUUUUGAAAUACUUCGUGAUAAAUCCAAACCAAUUAUCUACAAGUCAUUACAGGAUCGUGAAAGAGGUAUGCGUGAAGUGAUGUUUUAUCAGCGUGUAUUUUCACCGAAUGCUUCGGAAGCAUUGAAACGUGUUCGUCAAUUUAUUCCAACUUAUUAUGGAGUUUAUCAAUGUCCAGGAACGAAAGCUUACUAUAUGGGUUUAUCUGAUCUGGUGGCUAAUUUCAAACAACCAAAUAUAUGCGAUUUCAAAAUGGGUACAGUCACUUACUUUCCAGGUACACCACAAGAGAAAAUCUCUCGUGAACAACUUAAAUAUGUAUGGCGUCGUAAAUUAGGAUUUGUGUUAUCUGGUAUGCAGAUUUCUGAUACAACAAAUCAUUGUUUAAUUAAAUUGCCUAAAAAAUUUGGACGAACUUUAACUCCAGAACAAGUUUAUUCUAUUGUUGUCAAAUCAUUUCUAGGCACAGAUCCAAUGUAUAGUGUUAAACUUGCACAAAAUUAUAUCAUACAACUUGGUCGUAUUUUAAAUUGGUAUGUAGAAUAUGGUGCAAAAGAAUUGACAUUUUGUCGUUCUUCAAUUCUCUUAAUUCAUGAAUCAUUACCAACUACUACUACUACUGAUAAUAUAGAUACUACUAGUAAUAAUGAUAAUAAUAAUAAUCAUAACCACUGUCCUCUCAAAUCAUCAUCGUCGGCUUCGGCGUCAUCAUCCACCAACAACAUACAUCCUACUUUAUGUACAUCGAGAAAUCCCACCGGGAACAACAGUUCAACACUAUUAAAUCAAUCAAUUGAAACAGUGAAUCAUAUUGAUCAUUUCAAUGACAAUCUUUCCGGUCAUAAAUCUAGUCCAAAUAACGGUAGUAGUAGUAGUAGUAGUACUACUAUUACUACUACUCCUUCUACUCCUACAGUACAUGCUCAAGUUUAUCUCAUUGAUUUUGCACAUUGGACAAAGAAAUACUCCAAUCUACCCAAUAAUAACAUUCACAAUACUGAUGAUGUUGAUGAUGAUGUUGACGAUGACGAUCACAGUACAAAUUGUUGGACUUGUGAAUUAACUCAUGGUUUUCGUUAUGGAUUAGAGAAUUUAAUUAAUUUCAUGCAACGUGUUGUGAAUACAACAACAACAACAACAACAACAGAGAAUAAUGCAAUUUGUAUAAAUUCAUGA